AUGCGGCUUCGCAAACUUAUGUCGCCCUUUUUAGCCAAUGAUCCUAGGAUUCACAACGCGUUUGAAGACAAACAGAAGCAUCAGCUCUGCGAACUGCCUACAGAACUGAUGGACCUAAUCGCUUCCUUCAUGGACAAGCCUGCUUUGUGCGCGUUGCGCUUGACAUGCUCGACCCUCGAACGCGCAACCAAGUAUCAAUUCGGACGGAUUGGGCUUCACACGCUACACACAGACCUAUCAAAGUUAAGUCUGCUUGCCAUGGAUGAACUCGCCGAGACCUGUGGCUUGAACCAGCAUGUCAGGAAGAUAUCCAUCGGCAGCGCUGCUGGGAGCACUUUGGGCUACGGGUUCAUAUGGUACCGUGACAUCUUGGAGAAUGAGUAUCUCAACUUCCUCCAUUCUUCCAAUGGUUUCUUGAAAUUGAGGGCUGUCUUGAAGAAGUUCCCGAAUUGCCAUUCGUUCCAUAUCUCGUUGUCCAAUCAGCCCGAAUCGGGUACCUGGUCCGACUGUCUCAGUCCCAGUGAUGCAGUGACACUCGUGCUGCAUCUCAUCCCGUGCAUGACAAGACCCGUCGAGUCAUUCAGCUGCUCCUACCCGGACUUUGACAAACAUUCGGCAGGGAUCAUCGACCCCAGGAGAUUCUGCCCCCACACCUUUCAUGUUGUUCGCUUCAGCCUUUGCUGGUCCACCAUUACCGAGCUGUGCCUACUUGCGCAGGUGGAAGACGCUCUUCUGGCUGACUUCGUUCACGAGCUCAUCGACCAGGCGCCCAACCUGAAGAAACUAGAAUUGGACUGUGGUGGAGGCGAAGGAGUCGACGCCUUGUUCCAACGUCUGGGACAAGAGGGUAAUAACAUGAAGCUGGAGGUGCUCAAAUUGUCAGGCGUGGUGGACAUCUCGAGCCAGGACCUGCAGAGCUUCCUUCUCACCAACAGAAACUCUCUGCGCAUCCUGGACUUGAGAACUGUUCGCUUUGCCGCUGGGCUCUGGCAGACGGUCCUGGAGAGUCUGCUGCACGAGUUCCGGGACUUGGAAGAGCUGACCUUGCUUUGGAUCGCUGAUAGCACCACCGGCAGAUAUCCGAUCCAUUGGGUCCACGACAACGUCAGGGACGUACGAGGUCGCCAUGGCUGCAUUCGUAUUACCUACUCAGGUCUCCCUGUACACAAUGCUCUAUACUCACUUCUGGCACGAUAUCAAAUCCAGCCUCCGCAGUAGCCGUCAGUUGAAGGGGCUCAGUGAGUGCUUCUAUGGCAGUCCCAGGGUGGUAUGACACGUGAACUGGUUCCCCCAUCCAGCAGGAGAAUACGUUGUUGGCGCUGUGUUGUGCUAUCUGAGGUCCAAGAGAGGCUUUAGAUUCUCGAGAUAGUCUAUUUGUCACUAAGAGAUCUGGAUUAGAGACACUGUUAGCUUGGGGUCAUCGCUGCCUGUGGGAAGGUGGGUUGUCUUGCACCAAAUUCAUCAUGAUAAUUCAAUUCGCAUCGUAUCUCCUUUCUUUGAAUAACCGGACUGUAAGUGAUAUAGAAUGCGUUUGAUGCUUUUGCUAGAAGAAAGUAGGGAGUAAUCGUGAUUACGUGGUUGUCUA